CAUCAAGCGCCUGCAGUGAAUGUCGAUAAAGCGUAUAUAAUGUGCUGCUAGCUGAAGACUCCCAAUGUCCACGUGGUGCAUCACGGAGCAAGCUUCUGAAGUCAAACACCAUUUAGAGCUCCCUUCUACUGGUCAUGGCAGCGGAAAUUUACCGGACAAUCGGUGGCGUAUUUCUGCCCAAGCACUUCUCUGAUGAAGCCGUGUUGUCUACCCUUGCUUAUAGGCCGCAACCGGGCGACUUGUUUAUUGUGAGCUACCCUAAAUGCGGCACCACAUGGAUGCAGAACAUCGUAUACAACAUCCUGAUGGACGCAGAAGAACCCAAAGAUUUCCUGCAGCAGGCCUUGCAACUUCCCUUCUUGGAAAUGCAGGGUGCCGAGGCCGCUGUGUACGCUCCCAAGCCGGCAGCUUUCAAGACCCACCUAAGCUUUCAGAAGAACCCGUACUCGCCUGAGGCAAAGUACAUCUACAUCGCCAGAAACCCUUACGACUGUUGCGUGUCUUUCUACUACCACACCAAGAACAUUCCACUGUACCAAUUUGAGAAUGGAACUUUCGAUGAGUUCUUUGAAAUAUUUUUGCAAGGACGGGUGGAUUUCGGGGAUUAUUUCGAGAACGUUCUCUCCUGGUACGAACACCGGAAUGACCCCAACGUACUCUUUCUUACCUAUGAAGGACUUAAGAAAGACAUAGUCGGACAAAUACACCGUAUCGCUGCUUUUAUUGGCGAAGACAAAGAGCGAAGACUUAAAGAAAACCCAGAGCUGCUCCACCGAAUUCUAGAGAAUACCAGCUUGGAGCAUAUGAGGAAAAAAGUGAUUCUGAGCGCUCAGACUGCGCCGCUCGAAGUAAACGAAUCACAGCUACUGGAGAGCAUCAGGCCUGAGCUUCGAAAAGGUUUCAAAACCAUCAUCGGCCUUUCAAGAAUGCCAAUGAAGGGAGACUUUGUCCGCACGGGACAAGUGGGAGACUGGAAGAACCACUUCUCUCCAAAUCAGAUAAUCCGCAUGAAAGCCAAGAUAGCCGAGGCAACAAAAGGGUCUGACGUCAUGAACCUAUGGAAAGACAUAGAUAUUCCAUAAGUGUUUAUGGCAUCUCCAUGUAGAUAAGUGAGUUGCCCUAGUAUAAAGAAGAAACAAUCUUCUUGAGUUGUCAUUGUCUCAUUUAGCGAAGAAAGCGUUUAGUGUCGAAGCUUCAAACUUUGACUCAGGGAGUCGUACUGCCUUGACUGCUAAAGCUACCUCUCAAUCAUAGUGUGAAUAAUGCGUGACGAAUAGGAGAGCAAACUGUUCCACUGAUGCAAGUGACAGUCCCAAAUAUCGAUAUUCGCGCAUGCACCUUUCGAUGAAACAAAACUAUACAACGGAUACAAAGAAAACAACGAGGCCAACGUUUAAGAGAAUUGAUCAUACGGGAUUAUAUAUACCAGUGUAAAAAGCACAAAAUUUAACUCUUACAUCUGUCCGAGGUGAUAUUGUUCUUGUUGCGAUAAUAUUGUUAUGUUGCAGCCUGAAUAUCGAUCUUGUUCAGUGAAAAAUUCAUCAGGAUAUAAUUUUGGUGAAACAAGCCGUAAUGUGCCGCAGGGAAUUUUGAGAAAAACUCAGCACAAUGGGAAAAUAAACCAAACGCUUAAUUAUCACAGCCUCAACCGGAAAAGCACGCAGUACCUAAAAUAUCCUUGUAAACCUCAAUAUCCUUGUGCUUGUUUUACAGUUGUAUAAAUCAUCCGAAUUUUUUCAGGAGACAACUAUUUACAGUCUGCUCCCUUGUUAAAGAGUGGUGCGAGAUGUCACCUUGCCACAGAAAGCGUUGACGUCAAUUCUAUCAACCUUGCUCCCCAAAUCUUCGACCAUCUUGUUCCUUAUCCUGUACCUUGCCCCCACCAUUCGCUCUGUGGCCGUUUUUAAACCUCAAUGGCCUUCUAAGGUCUCUGUUCCCGCCUCGUCUACUUGGGGCUGAAGAGAAUUGCACUUUAUUAUCCCUGAUGACAUCAUCAUCUCAUCAUGAGUGAUCGACACUUUUUGACUUGCGGCGAGCCACCUUGUCAUGGGUAUUUGGCGACAUUACGGUUCUUUUGCAUACAGAGAUCAAACGAUGUUUGUUCUUCCCGAUAGAUAUAGUGGUAGAUAUUUAGCCAUAUCGUAUUUUAAUUGAAUCAGAUUUCCUAGCUAUGUUGUUAGCAAUCACACGUCUGUGUAUUAACCAAAUAAAUGAAGCACUUCACGAAUGAAAAUUAGAAAUCACGAUACCGUAUUUUCGAAAAUAAUGAGCUCUCGAGGUUAAACCACGUUUGAUAGUUUUUGAUUCAAUAAAGCAACGAUGAACGUUAUCGACACUGUCAAACUGUUGCCGGUAUAAUUUUAAUUUAA